AUGUUGGCCGCGGACGACUCCGAGACGGCAUCCUCCUCGGCGUCCUCCUCCUCGUCGGUUGGCGGCGACGACUGCGAGCAUGUGCAUGGACACAUGGAACGCGGCCUCCCCAACGGAGACUUCUACACGGGCCAGUGGCGCGGCGGCGCGCCGCACGGGGCCGGCAAGUACCUGUGGACCGACGGGUGCAUGUACGAGGGGGAGUGGCGGCACGGCAAGGCCACGGGGCGGGGCAAGUUCUCCUGGCCGUCGGGCGCCACCUACGAGGGCGAGUUCAAGGACGGGUUCAUGGACGGCUCCGGCACCUACACCGGCGCCGCCGUGGACACCUACCGAGGGUCCUGGUCCAUGAACCUCAAGCACGGCAGCGGGAAGAAGAGCUACGUCAACGGCGACCAGUACGACGGCGAGUGGCGCGCGGGGCUGCAGGACGGCGCCGGCCGCUACACCUGGCGCAACGGCACCGAGUACACGGGCCAGUGGCUCGCGGGGCUCAUCCACGGCCGCGGCGCGCUCGUCUGGUCCAACGGCAACCGCUACGACGGCGGGUGGGAGGACGGUUGCCCGCGCGGCCAGGGAACCUUCCGCUGGGCCGACGGCAGCGUCUACGUCGGCUACUGGACGCGCGACACUCCCACCGGCAUUGUCCAGCAAAAGGGGGUCUACUACCCCUCUCCGGCGGCGUCCUCCCCGACGGCGCGCGAUCCGCGCGACGUGUUCGCUAGGGACCUUCCGGGCUUCAUGGGCGCCAGUCCCGACUCCGCGUCGCCGGGCAAGUCACGCGCAUCGUCUGGGAUCAGGGCGGCCAACGGGCGGGCGAGCUCAGUGUCUGGCUGA